GCAGAUUUUCACGUGUGCAGUUUGUGAAUCGUUUGGAAUCGUUUUGAUUCUUAGUGAUAUUUUCCAUCAUUUCCUCGGACAAAUGUAUCCUUUGCGAUUAUUUAACAGGGUUAACAUUGUGUCCUGUCGUGUGGCGACAUUGGCGCAACAUCUGAGAAUGUCUUCAUCAAGUGCCUCUAGUACAAAGAGUAUAGAAGAUGUUUUUAUGGAGAUUAAGGAUCAGGCAGGAAUUAUCACCCUCAACAGACCUAAAGCACUCAAUGCUCUAAAUCUUUCCAUGGUCAGAAAAAUAUAUCCUGUUCUCAAGUCAUGGGAAGCUGACCCUAAAGUUAAUCUUGUGAUAAUCAAGGCCACUGGAGACAAAGCUUUCUGUGCAGGGGGUGACGUUAGGGCAAUAGCAGAGGAUGGUCUAAGAGGAGGCAAUUUACCAAAGGAUUUUUUCAAGGAGGAAUACAUGUUGAAUUAUGCUAUUGGUACAUUACAAACUCCUUAUGUUGCUUUAAUUCAUGGCAUCACUAUGGGUGGGGGUGUAGGACUCUCUGUUCAUGGUCACUUUAGAGUUGCUACAGAAAAGACCUUAUUUGCUAUGCCUGAGACUGCUAUUGGACUUUUCCCUGAUGUUGGUGGAGGACAUGCCUUGCCACGACUGGAAGGAAACCUUGGAAUAUAUCUUGCUUUGACAGGUUUUCGUCUGAGAGGUUAUGAUGUCAAACAUGCUGGUAUUGCAACACAUUUUGUCAAAGCAGAGAAGCUUUCAGAACUUGAGUCAUCUUUACUUGGUCUAUCAGACUGUAGGUUGCAGACGGUACGAGGAUUAUUAGAUGAUUUUGAUAAAGAGUGCUCCAAAGAUCAAAACCCAAACUUUACUUUACAAGAACACAUGGACAAAAUUAACAGCUGUUUUGACAAGAAUACAGUAGAAGAUAUCAUGUCAUCUUUAGAAAAAAAUGGAUCAGAGUGGGCCAAUAAACAGAUUGAGACUAUCAAUAAAAUGUCGCCCUCGUCCUGUAAAGUUACCUUACGUCAACUUCGAGAAGGAGCAAGAAUGAAUUUAGCAGAUUGUCUACAGAUGGAGUACAGAAUAUCUCAGAGAUUUAUGGAAAAUGAAGACUUUUAUGAAGGAAUAAGAGCAGUAUUGGUUGACAAGGAUAACAGUCCAAGAUGGAAGCCAUCUACACUGCAAGGAGUAUCUAAUGAAAAAGUAGACUCUUACUUUUUACCCCUUGGUGAAAGGGAUCUUGUGCUGUGAUAAAUCAGCAUUUGUUAACCAAUUUUAAUUAUAAGUACUUAUAAAUAAGUAUCUGAAGGAACAGGAUAUUAAAGAGUGAUUUCAUUUAUAGCCAA